GAGAUUGUUAGUUGUAUGUAUGUUGCAGAUUUCAUGCAAAACAGAAUGCACUUCAAGAGUGGACAAAUGUUUGUUGUGUUGGUACAAUCAUGGAUUGCACGACCAAGCAUCAUAAAAGUAAUGGCUAUUGCAGGUCUAGAGUUUCAGCUCUUGGCAAGUUGUGAUUCUUGAUGAGGUUAGGAUCAUUUUAGGAGAGAAAAUGGUUUAUAUCGUUGCCUUCCUCCAUAGGAAUAGUUUAUGAAAAGUUCAAUAUUCUUGAGGUAGAAAGAGCGUAGGUGGUGCAAAUACCUAUUAUAGCAUGCUUGUAUGUCACCUAACAAAUCAUCACACAAAAUGAAUGAGGCAUACUCAAACCAUUCAGAACCUAACCAGCAAACAAAAGCCUCAUUCUCUUGGUAAUCCUAUUCUUUACUGUUAUCCCACCAGAGAAGCAGCCCCAUGAAUGCACAAGUAUAUAACAGAGGCAAGGACCAGUCUGAAGCACCUGAAACCAUUCUCUUCCCUUUUCCUCCUUAUGUAAUAGUAAAGACAGGCUGAGAUAGCUCGAUGGAGAAAGUCAAGAUUGUUACAUUAACACUCUUUGCAGCACUCGUGUUACUGGUGCCCAGGUCGGAUUGCCAGCUAAGGGGAGCACCAGUACUGCCACCCCGCCCGCUUUGUGCUUCACAAUUUUCGCUCGCCAACUAUGCAUGCGCACGGCUCCCCUUGAGGCCUGUACCUCCUCCUGCACCACCCUCUCCUCCUUCCCCUCCCGACGACGAAGGAGAGGGGCACCAUCACAGGCAACAUGGGCACAAGCGCCGGCAUAGGCACCACGACACACCUGAGGAAGACAACUGCUGCCGUUGGGCGAGCCAGGUGGACAGCCAGUGUAUCUGUGAGGUGCUAUAUCUCUUGCCCAGCUUCGCAAACUUCCUCAUGAGGCCCGUGCACCAGAUCUCCCUCGAAAUCAGUGACGCUUGCAACGUUACCUACACAUGCGGGGGCACAAUUCUAAGAGCUUGAGCAAUGCAUUUACAUUGUGAUGCAAUAUAUUGGUCUACUAUGUUUGUUGUGUUGGUUUAAAUUAUACUUUUUUUAAAAAAAAAAGUAAUCUGCUUCUUCUACUUAGUCUUACUCUUCAUACAAGUUUAAUUAUUUAGCUGUUUUCUGUCUGUACUUGUAAUUUUGGCAUUGAUAAUAAAUUGAAGUUGUUUC